GGUUUUGGGCAGUCAGGUUCCACUCUUCACUGAGGGACCGUUACUCUUUCUGGUCACUUAGGGGUGGGAUUGAGCUGGAGAUGGGGCAGGACCAGUCUAAACAACAGAUUGAGAAAGGCCUUCAGCUGUACCAGUCAAACCAGACUGAGAAAGCCCUGCAGGUGUGGAUGAGGAUGCUGGAGAAGAGCACGGACCUCGUAGGCAGGUUCCGAGUGCUGGGCUGCCUGGUCACUGCGCACUCGGAGAUGGGCCGUUACAAGGAUAUGCUGAAGUUUGCUGUGGUGCAGAUCGACACAGCCCGUGAAUUGGAAGAUGCUGACUGCCUCAUGGAGAGUUACCUGAACCUAGCCCGAAGCAACGAAAAGCUCUGUGAAUUCCAGAAGACCAUCUCCUACUGUAAGACCUGCCUCAGCAUGCAGGGUACCCGGGUGGGUCACCAACUGAACGGGCAGGUCAGCCUGAGCAUGGGCAAUGCCUUUCUGGGCCUCAGCCUCUUCCAGAAGGCUCUGGAGAGCUUCGAGAAGGCGCUUCGCUACGCGCACAACAAUGACGAUAAGAUGCUGGAGUGCCGGGUCUGCUGCAGCCUGGGCAACUUCUACUCCCAAGUCAAGGACUACGAGAAAGCUCUGUUCUUCCCCUGCAAAGCUGCUGAGCUGGUGAAUGACUACGGCAAGGGAUGGAGCCUCAAGUACCGUGCCAUGAGUCAGUACCACAUGGCAGUGGCCUAUCGGAAGCUAGGGCACCUGGGCGAUUCCAUGGAAUGCUGUGAGGAGUCCAUGAAGAUUGCCCUCCAGCAUGGGGACCGGCCUCUCCAGGCCCUCUGUCUGCUCUGUUUUGCUGACAUCCACCGAAGCCGCAGAGACUUGGAGACAGCCUUCCCUAGGUAUGACUCUGCCAUGAGCAUCAUGACGGAGAUCGGGAACCGACUGGGGCAGGUGCACGUACUGCUGGGCUUGGCCAAAUGCUGGGUGACCAAGAAGGAGCCGGAGAAGGCUUUAGAUAUCAUUGAAAAGGCCCAGGAUCUGGCCGAGGGACUGGGGAACAAGCUCAGUCAGCUCAAACUCCACUGCCUGAGCGAAGGCAUCUAUCGCAGCAAGGGACAGCAGCGGGAGCUCCGGGCUCACGUCGUGCGCUUCCAUGAGUGUGUAGAGGAGACCGAACUCUACUGUGGGCUCUGUGGGGAGUCCAUCGGGGAGAGGAACAGCCGGCUGCAGGCCCUGCCUUGCUCCCACUUCUUCCACCUCAGGUGCUUACAGAACAAUGGCACCCGGAGCUGCCCCAACUGCCGCCGCUCCUCCAUGAAGCCGGGCUUUGUGUGACGGUGGGACUGAAGCUCUGUUACAAGCCUGGAGGUGGCGUGAGGGAGAACUGCUCCAAACCAGACUCUGGACACAAAGGGGGCCUUCCUCCUUCCCUCUUCCUCCCCUGUCACGGCCGGGCCUCUCGCAUCUGCCUGGGUGUGCUGAAGUCCUGGACCUGCCAAGGAUUUCCUUGCCCAGUGGGACCUCACCAUCACUAAUUAGCCUAUCUAGAGCUUUCCUUAUCUGAACUGUGCCAAAGCCACGUUGCCAUCGGUUUUUUUCCCCUUGAAUUCCACAUGUUAGCUUUGUUUUAGAAGGGGCCCAGCGAAGUCCAGCUUCAUUGUCCAUAUUAUCCCCACCCCACACACACCCCUGCCCCUUACACUGUCCUCCAGCAUUCCUGGCUGCCAUGUUUCUGUCCUUGACUUAACCCCACAUUUGUUCCCUUUUCCCUGUAUUACCCCACUUCUGCCCAAUUUCACCCUUCAAGUCCCUUGAACUCAGUCCAAUCUAUAGGGAAAGUUAGCAUUCUGGAGGCCAGAUUCCUGUCUGUGGUGGUAGCAGUAACUGGGGUUAUCCCACCCCUUUCCUGGCUUGGGGACUGCCUUACAGCCCUUCCCCUGGCUCUCAUACUCAACCCUGGGAUUGGGUGCCUGACUUCCCCCACAAGAGGAUACAACUACUUGGGAUUCUUUUCUUUGUCAGGCCUGCCUAGGCUUGGGACACCCCCCCCCCCCCAUCCCCGCUGCUACCCAGAGGAUUCCAGCCAGCCCCUGAUGCCACCCUCCACUUGUUUGUAUUCUGAUCUUUGUAGAAAAAUAAAAAAUAAAUCAUUUCUGUCCA